AUAUUUCCUACUUAAAUCAUCGGGGAGCACGUUAUUUGGAAGUAGUGCUUGAAGGCACCAUUUCCUGGGAAAGUGGGAGGUGAAUGUUGUCAACGUGACUGUCAUCAAGUAACGGGGUAGAGAACGGCAGAGUCGUCGGUGCUCAGUUUCCCUGUAUCGUCGGCACUUGGAAAGUGGCCGAGCGGGGGAGACAGGGAACCAACCUGAAGAUUCAGGGAAGAUGAAAAUAAGUCUUUGUCUUCGAACGUCUCCUUUGUAUGCUUUUAGAGCCGUGUUAUAGCUUAAGGUUCUGGACAACUUAGCAUACAUAGUGUUUUGUACAUCUUCCCCUUUGGAACCUACCAGCGCUAGCUAGCUUAGCAGCCAACCGCUGAUACUGCCAGACACACAGGUACAGGAGUGGAAAGGCUGGUGACAAAGGAAGGUGGCGAGGUAACGAUGAACCGCUUUCGAAAGUGGCUGUAUAAGCCCAAGAGGACAGACCCUCAACUCCUGGCUCAGUUCUACUACGCUGAUGAAGAGCUGAACCAGGUGGCCACUGAGCUGGACAGCCUUGACGGCAGGAAGGACCCUCAGAGAUGUACCCUGCUGGUCAACCAGUUCCGAUCCUGUCAGGACAAUGUGUUGAACAUUAUCAAUCAGAUCAUGGAUGAAUGUAUCCCCAACAACCGGGCGAACAGAGACUUCUGUGUCAAAUUCCCCGAGGAGAUUCGUCAUGACAACCUGGCAGGGCAGCUGUGGUUUGGGGCAGAGUGUUUAGCUGCCGGCUCCAUUAUCAUGAACAGGGAGAUAGAGAGUAUAGCUAUGAGACCCCUGGCUAAGGACCUCACUCGCAGCCUGGAGGAGGUACGCAACAUCACCAGGGACCAGGCCCUGAGAGACCUCAACUUGUACACGGACCGCAUGAAAGACGCAUUGCGACAUUUCGACAGCCUUUUUGCUGAGUUUGAGCUCAGUUAUGUGUCAGCCAUGGUGCCUGUGAAGUCUCCCAAAGAAUACUAUGUACAACAGGAGGUGAUUGUGCUCUUCUGUGAGACAGUGGAGAGGGCCCUGAAGUUGGGCUAUCUCACACAGGACAUGAUCGAUGACUAUGAACCCGCUCUGAUGUUUACAAUUCCCAGACUAGCCAUUGUGUGUGGGCUGGUUGUGUAUUCUGAGGGGCCUCUCAACCUAGACCAAAAAUCAGAGGAUAUGUCUGAGCUCUUCCGGCCUUUUCGCACUUUAUUGAAGAAAAUCAGAGACCUGCUGCAGACACUGACUGAAGAGGAGCUGAUGAUGCUGGAGAGGAACCUCUGCAUCUCUCAGGAUGGGGAGUUGUCCACAGGCCAGGGGCUGGCCACAAACGGUGUACCAGCACCAGUCCAAGAGAAUCAGUCAUCCUGCAGCCCCACUAAUGACACCUCCAAGGAGGAGAGUGAAGGCGAGCGGGAUCAUCUGGCUCUGUAUGUCUGUCCCAGCCAGGAGGAGGAACUGGCAGAAGUGGAACAGGGCUGGGAGGAGGUGGAGACUGAGAGAGGGGAGGAGGACCAGGAUGAGGGCCUGCUGUGUGAGGAGGCAGAGGAGGCUGAGCUGGCUUGCUCCAUGCAGUAUGAUGAGGAAGAAUUGGAGCAGCUCAACAUGAUGGUUUACCGUGUAGGAGAUGAGAUGUCCACCCUGCUGUCGCCUCCCAGUCAGGGUCAGUCCCCAGCCCAUAGAGGAGAGGCAGGAGGCUCCAGUGGGGCUUCUAGUACUGAGGCGUCUCCCUGCAGGCUCCUGCCAGGCAGGGGAAGGACAGGCAGAUGUGUAGAGGAAGAGGACAGAGUCUUUUUCAUGGAGGACCUGGAUGCAGCAGGAGACGGCAUCGCCAGCAUCUCAAGAGAGGCCUGUAGUUUUGUCGCCUCUUCUUCCACUGCGAAUGGCUGGUACUCUGAAGCCUCGUCAGAGCAGCCAUGCCAGCAGCCACAAAGCCAGAACACACUCUGUCCUAAAGUAAAGCGACAACCAUGUUCCUCCGCCCCUGGCUCUGAACCUCUGCCUUACACCAAUGGGUGGGAGAUGGGUUUGGAGGGGACAGCGUCUGAAACUGCUGAGGUCAUCGCCCACCGUAUGGGCGGUAUGAAACUGUCUGCCACAGUUAUUUUCAACCCUCGCUCCCCAAGUUUGACAGAGCUGGCUGUGGACAAGCUGCUGUUGCAGCGGCCCACUCCCUCUGAGAUUGAGCCCUGCGGUCCUCGUGUGGCCACUCACUGCCUCCUUAACUCAUGUGUCUGCUGUGGGAGCUGUGAAGAUAGCCACGAGGAUGCCGUCCCGACAGAGAGCACUGGACUCGGGUUAGACCUCACCCUGGGAUUGGAUAAACACUGUAAACCCGCAGCCCACAACGCUGUCAUUCAGUCUUCUGCUUGUCGGUUGCCACCACCAAGUCACGAGCCUCACAGUAAGGGUGAGCUCGCCCACUUGACUCCACCAUCUUCCCACAGUUCUGCAGAGUUGCUGGAAGAAGAUUCAGACUCCCAGUUCUGUGAAAAGUGCCUGGUGGUGGCUUCAGGGCCACAGCAUCAUGCUCAGGACUGUAGCUCCAGUGGAGGGGAUGGACCCUCCACAUGCAGCCGCCAUCUGAGGACUGAAAAGACGCAUCAGGCCAGCGGAGUUCGACAGAGGGACAAGGAAAUGGAUAGAGACCAGUCAGUAACUAGGGACACCAAAGAAGAUGGCAGAAGGAGCUCUAGUUUUCAGAACUCUCCCCUCAGUUCUGUGUCAAGUAGUGACUGUGAGAGUGUGUCGGUCACCACAUGUAGUCUGUCGAGUGGUUCAUAUACCCCCAGCCCUGUGAGUAGUCUGACCCCCAGCUCGGGAACCUCAGAGGACCUGGACCAUCAGGAGGUCCAGCUGGCCCUGCAUGAUGCCAAGGUGGCAGCAAGGAACAGGAUUCGAUCACGCUUCCACAGCAGCAGCGACCUCAUCCACCGUCUCUUUGUUUGCAUAUCAGGUAUUGCUGAUCAGCUGCAGACCAACUAUGCUAGUGAUCUUCGCAGCAUCCUCAAGACUCUGUUUGAAGUCAUGGCAACCAAGUGUGAGCAGGGAGACAACGAUAAGCAAAAGAAAGGACCUGUUCUGCAUAGUGCCAUGCUGGAGGACUGUGCUCUCUGUCAAGAGACCAUCUCCUCAUCAGAAUUAGCAGCCAAGGUCCGGGAGGGUCAGUUCGAAGAUCCUCCUGACUGGGUCCCUGAUGAAGCCUGUAACUCCUGCAUUGCCUGCAAGGCUCCCUUCACUGUCAUCCGCAGGAAGCAUCACUGUAGGAGCUGUGGAAAGAUCUUCUGCUCUCGAUGCUCCUCCCACUGUGCUCCAUUGCCCCGAUAUGGCCAGGUGAAGCCUGUCAGGGUAUGCACACACUGCUACAUGUUCCAUGUGACGCCCUUCUACAGCGACAAGGCCAGCAUCUGACCACAGAUUAUCACCAGAAGCACACAGUCCGCCACAACAAGAGCAUAUGCAACUGACAGAUUCUCGACUGCAUAAAAAGAAAAUGCCACACUGCUGGUAAACCUCAAUGGUCAUCAUUGUACCUCCUAAAUAAGACUUCAGCUGACAGAGCAGAGAGACCAGACAGAUAACCAUCAAGCGAUGACAAGAACUGUUUCAGAGAUUUUUUUGAUGCCUCAACACAUAAAUGAUUCAUAAAUGCCUGUCUGACUGUAGAGGUGCACAAGGGAUAUGGAAAGAUCAGGCAUCAGAUUUUUAGCUGGCAACAGUCUUGCGUAGCAGUUUGCAGCACAAAUUCAGAGCAGGCCACCUUGCUUGUUUUUUUGCUUUAAGUGAAAAUGAAAGGACUUGUGACAUAUUUUCCUAUGCUUUAGUGAGCUUCCUACAUUUGUGCCAGAACUCCCAUGGGACUCGGAGUACUCAAAAGAAUGUAAGUCAUGAUAACCAUGUAAAUAAAGGUAACUGGUAGUAGCUACAUUACAUCUUCUGUAAAGGGUUGCUAUAUAUGGGAAUUGGAAAGCAGUGUUCACCAGGCUACCAGUUCCAGCAAAGCAAAAAUAACAAAAAACAAGCAGCUUUUAUAUUGAGAUCCUUCAUGCUUAUAAUGGCGAUGAAUGUGUAAUUCUGUACCGCUUUGAGAAACGAGGUCUAGAUUUCAACACGCCUGACCCCUCUGUUCUAGAUGGUUAUGGGCUGUGCCCAUUGCUUUUACAGUUGCACCAUCUUUAGUUUUACUGUACACUGAGAUGGACACAAAAGGGAUCUCCUUGGUCAUCACUGUCAGGUCUUGAAAGCCCCCUAGUGGAGAGCCAUCACUCAGUGCACUCAUUACCAUGGUGUGAACAGUUUGUUUUGAACCAGAGGCCUUCUCAGGUGCUGGCCUACAAACUAGAGGCCGAUUAUUGCCCAUUGGUUUAUCUUCCUCUCUCUUAUUAUUGUGCAAUAUUGUGACUACUAACUGCAAUGGUCCUGCACAUUAGAGACAAAGCUUUGCUGUUUCAAUUGUAGUUAUAGCCCAUUUCUGAAGAGCAAAGUUGUGAUGAUUUGUGUUUACAUUAUUUCCAUCUUGGUACCAUCAGAGAGGAACAGAUACUUUGUUCUUAGACGGACUUUGUUUGCCCCUGACUUCCUUCCUGCUCUUCAAUCUGCUUCCAUUGCAGUGGCAACAUACAAAGUAUCUUCCAUACUUAUAAUAUAAUAGAGUUUGUACAUCUGAAUGGUCUUAAAUGGCUGAUAUACACAUAUGGACCUUUGAGAAACAAUGGUGAAUUAUCACGCUAUGCCCAGUCUCCUCUGACUUAAAGCAGUUUCUCAGGCAUUACAUCAUCAGGAUCACUCACUACUGUUGUAUCAAUAUUAUUUUAUCAAAGAACAUGUAAGCUCACUUUGAAAAGGUAUGUUUUUUCUUUUAUAAAGAACAAAAAUUACUUUUAUGUACAAAAAAAA